GGAAGAGUGUGCUCAAAGUUCUUUUUGGUCAGUUUUUGUUACCAAUAAACAAGUAAUAUUAGUUAGUUACUUCAAAGGACAGGAGCACCAGGAAGCAAGCAAAGCAACAACUGCAAGAAGGAAGUGGGUGGUAGACUGGUGAGGAAGAAGAAGAAGUUAAGGUACCAAGUGAGUGAGUGAAGGUUAAGGAAAAUGAUAGUGGUUGUUGUUGUUGCCAUUGCUGUUGUUACAGUUGCCUGCCCCUGCCGCCUUACUUCUAUUCCCCCUUUCUUCUCCUUCUCCUUCUACCUGUAUUCACUCUUUCCUUUCUCCCUCUCUUUUCCUCUAUUCUUAAUUUUCCCCAACUACCCCUAUCACUUUCUCUCUCUCUCUCUCUCUCUCCCUCUCCUCCUCCCUUUUUCACAUUGUCUUUCUCUUCCUAGAAAUACCCACUUCCCAAAAUUUCCUCGUUUUUAGCUGCUGCUCUUACUCUCUUCUUCUUCUUUCCCCUACUUCUUGUUUUUUCACAUUUUUGGGUCUGAAACUCUGAAUUCAGGAGAAGGGUGUGGUGAUUUCUUGCUAAAGUUGCGAACUUUGUGGUCUGAAUUCACUGCUGCUCGAAAUUUGUGCUGUCCUUUCAUCUGGGGUUCUAUGAUGGAUGCACCGCCGUCUCCUUCCCCUGUUUCUCCUCCCGGCGGCGGCGGAGGAGGGGAGGAUUGUUGUGUAAAAGUAGCGGUACACGUCAGACCGCUCAUCGCUGACGAGAAAGCUCAAGGAUGUAAAGAUUGCGUCACUGUUGUCCCUGGGAAGCCUCAGGUUCAAAUAGGUACACAUUCCUUUACAUUCGAUCAUGUCUAUGGGAGCACGGGUUCACCAUCGACAGCCAUGUUCGAGGAGUGUGUUGCUCCAUUGGUUGAUGGCUUGUUCCAGGGUUACAAUGCUACUGUCCUUGCCUAUGGUCAGACGGGAUCCGGAAAGACAUAUACAAUGGGUACCGGUUUCAAAGAAAGCUACCAAGCUGGAAUAGUUCCUCAAGUGAUGAGUGUACUAUUCGGAAAGAUCGAGACUUUGAAGCAUCAAACUGAAUUCCAGCUCCAUGUUUCAUUCAUUGAGAUUCUGAAAGAAGAAGUGAGAGACUUGCUGGAUCCCUCGUGUCUGCACAAAGCAGAAUCUCCCAAUGGACAUGCGGGGAAAGUAAACGUGCCAGGAAAGCCACCAAUACAAAUUCGAGAAUCUUCAAACGGCGUGAUAACGCUUGCAGGAUCCACGGAAGUUAGUGUUGGCAGUUUGAAGGAAAUGGCCGCUUACCUAGAGCAAGGAUCGUUGAGCAGGGCAACUGGGAGUACAAAUAUGAACAACCAAUCAAGCCGUUCCCACGCUAUUUUCACCAUCACGCUGGAGCAAAUGCAGAAAAACAACUCACUCUCUACUGGAGAUGGGAGUCAAAACGAUGGGAUGAACGAUGAGUAUCUUUGCGCUAAGUUGCAUUUGGUAGAUCUAGCAGGAUCUGAAAGGGCCAAGAGGACUGGUUCAGAUGGCUUGCGCUUUAAGGAAGGCAUUCACAUCAACAAGGGGCUUUUGGCACUUGGCAAUGUGAUCAGCGCACUUGGGGAUGAGAAAAAGCGGAAAGAAGGUCUUCAUGUUCCUUAUCGGGACAGUAAAUUGACUCGGCUUUUGCAGGACUCGCUUGGCGGUAACAGCAGAACUUGCAUGAUAGCUUGCAUUAGCCCUGCUGAUAUAAAUGCAGAGGAAACCCUGAACACUCUAAAGUAUGCGAAUCGUGCUCGGAAUAUUAAAAACAAGCCUGUUGUCAAUAGAGAUCCAAUGUCAAGUGAGAUGCUUAAAAUGCGGCAACAGCUGGAGUAUCUUCAGGCAGAACUCUGUGCCCGAGGAGGAUCUUCAUCCGAUGAAGUGCAAGUUCUCAAGGAAAGAAUCGCAUGGCUUGAAUCUACAAACGAGGAUCUCUGUAGAGAGCUUCAUGUAUAUCGCAGCAGGUGUGCUGCUGUGGAUCCCCGUGACAUAGAUGUUCAAGACGCUAGUAUAUGUUCUGUAAAAGGUGAGGGACUCAAAAGGAGCUUACGCAGUCUAGAAGCAUCAGACUAUCAAAUGGUUGAAACAGUACAGAGCGAUACUAGAGAAAUUGAUGAUGAAGUAGCUAAAGAAUGGGAGCACACGCUUCUCCAAAGCACAAUGGACAAGGAGCUGCACGAGUUGAACAGGCGCUUGGAAGAGAAAGAGUCGGAGAUGAAACUUGUUGGAGGUUUCGACACUGUAGCACUCAAGCAACACUUCGGCAAGAAAAUAAUGGAAAUGGAGGAUGAGAAAAGAGUUGUGCAGCAAGAGCGAGACCGUUUGCUAGCUGAAAUCGAAAAUCUCUCAGCUGGCUCGGAUGGGCAUGCUCAGAAAUUGCAAGAUGUUCACUCCCAGAAAUUGAAGACAUUAGAGACACAGAUUUCAGAUCUGAAGAAGAAACAGGAGAGCCAGGUCCAGCUUUUGAAGCAGAAACAAAAAAGCGAUGAAGCGGCAAAGAAAUUGCAAGAAGAGAUACAAUCUAUAAAGGCACAGAAGGUUCAAUUGCAACACAGAAUGAAGCAAGAGGCGGAACAAUUUCGACAAUGGAAGGCCUCUAGAGAAAAGGAAUUGCUUCAGCUACGCAAGGAGGGGAGAAGAAAUGAAUACGAAAGGCAUAAGCUACAAGCAAUAAACCAGCGCCAGAAAAUGGUUCUGCAAAGAAAAACAGAGGAAGCUGCUGUUGCUACCAAGAGGCUAAAGGAAUUGCUUGAAGGCCGAAAAUCUUCUCCACGUGAAAACGGUCUUUCCAAUGGACAUGUAGCCAAUGGACAGAGCAAUGAAAAAUCUCUACAAAGAUGGCUUGAUCAUGAGCUAGAAGUCAUGGUGAAUGUUCAUGAAGUUCGCUUUGAGUAUGAGAAGCAAAGCCAAGUGCGAGCUGCACUGGGCGAAGAGCUUGCUGUGUUGAGACAGGUGGAUGAGCUAGCUUCAAAAGGAUUAACCCCUCCAAAGGGAAAGAAUGGAUUUGCUAGGGCUUCAUCCAUGUCACCGAAUGCCAGAAUGUCCAGAAUAGCCUCACUCGAGAGCAUGUUGAACAUAUCAUCCAACUCUCUCGUGGCUAUGGCUUCACAACUUUCAGAAGCAGAAGAGCGUGAACGCAGCUUCACCACCCGUGGGCGUUGGAACCAGUUGAGGUCCAUGGGAGAGGCCAAGAGCUUGCUUCAGCACAUGUUCAACUCUCUGGGGGAUGCAAGGUGCCAAAUGUGGGAGAAGGAUAUGGAUAUCAAGGAAAUGAAGGAACAGUUCAAAGAACUUGUUAAUCUAUUGCGUCAAAGCGAGACUCGAAGAAAGGAAGUCGAGAAGGAGCUGAGGUUGAGAGAACAAGCAGCUGCUAUUGCUUUGGCUACAGCAGCUUCAGUAGGGGCUGGCCAUGAACAAGGAACCCCGCCCAAUUCACUAAAACACGGUGCUGAUGAAAUGAUGAGCAGUCCCUUGUCUCCAGUAUCUGUGCCAGCACCGAAACAGCUAAAAUAUACACCAGGAAUAGUGAACGUCCCAGUCAGAGAAUCUGCAGCUUUUAUAGACCAAUCGAGAAAAAUGGUACCGCUGGGGCAAGCAUCAACGAGAAAACUAGCAGUUGCAAGCCAAGGUGGGAAGCUGUGGAGAUGGAAGAGAAGUCAUCAUCAGUGGCUCUUGCAAUUCAAGUGGAAAUGGCAGAAGCCAUGGAGGCUAUCCGAGACAAUCAGGCUCAGUGACGGGACAAUUACAAGGACGAAGCACCGUGUACAGUACCGAACACGUGUGUCAUGAGCUGUGAGCAACUUGGGUUACUCUCACCAUAAUCUCUCCAUCUUAGAGCUAUAAGUGUGGUUCUAAUGCGCUUCUAUCGGAGAGGGAGCGAGCUAUGCUUGUAGCUGAGAUGGAUGGGUUGAUUUUGAAAGGAAGCUAGGGUUUGAUACUUCUAAUGCUGCUGGGGAGCAUCUUUGUAAAGCAUUGGUUUGGUGAUGCUGCCCCGUGAUCAUAUAUAUACUAAUGAAGAACUGAGGAAAACGCAGUUCGACUGGCGAGAUGUCUUAUGUUCUGCCAAAUAUACCUAGUUCGCUGUUCAAUAACCCAACACCUUGGAUGGAAACACUCUCAUCAAGGAUGUCCGCACAAAAAUUGCACAAGGAAGAAGAAGAUCUCUCUGCCUUGUGUUUGUUUUUGGUCCUACUAUUAGGUGUAAUGUUCUUUUUUCUUUUUGUAUCUGCCUAAUUUGUGCCAUUAUUUUAGUGUGUAAAGCACAAAAGUUGAUAAGAGGGGAUAUUCUUUGUGAACGGAGAUUUGUUUUAGCAGUGUGGAUAUGUAAGAAGACAGCAAUAUAUGUCAUCAUCUUAUAUGUACAAAAGGAAAAUUAACUUCAAGAUAUAUUGCCUUGUAGUCUGCUUCUUGUUUGGGGUACAUUUUAUGAUCGAAAUAUGUAACAAUUGAUAUACCAUAUCAUUUUGAC